AUGGCUACAUCUAUAACCGAUAACACGCAGUGGCUUUCUGUCACAGAGGAAACACUUUUUCUUCACGAUGGUUUGUUGCGAGUGACCGAUAUCGUCGAACUUCCCCAUGAUGUAAGCAGUGGCGGCCAGAUCACGGAAAUAGAAAAUGAAGUCGUUUCCUUCGACUCUAAAAACCCAGCUGAGUUAUCUGAUCGUUUAUUGGCGGUGUGUGGGACAAGAAGUAAUGCAUAUGCUUACUCGCGAUUGUUGGAGUAUCGACUGAACGCUUUAAAGGGACUGUGGCAAGCACAGCGACAAAUGGCAAUUCCCGAUGAACACUCGGAUUCUGGCGAUGCGACAAGUCAGGAAGAAACUAUCGCAUUGCUGAAGAAACAGGGAUUGUGGCAACAAGCCGAACAGGCCCCAUUUUCAUCUCGUGUUAGUCUUUUACUGACAUUCCCUUUACUGAAAUCUCAAAGUAGACUGGACCCGAGCCUAUGUGGCACUACUGCUAAACUACUUCUAACGUGUCUCAAGGAUUGCGCCCCACUGAGUUUGACCAAAGAACCAUCAGACUGUCUCAAUGGCCUAGAAAAUUUAUUAUGUUCUUGGCUAGGUGAAGAUAUUUCCAUUGAGGAUGCAGCGACGCCAACUUUGGGGGUUGAACAACAGGCAAAUGCCGCAGCCGCGCUGGUUGCUCUAGCUUGUGCUAGAGGAUCUAUGAAGAGUUUCAUCCAUACUGUACAUUUACUACAAAAACUUGAAUCCAGUAUUGAGUCACUACCAGUAGGAGAUGUGCUACAUCAACUACUGCAGUUGGAAGGUGGUCAAGGUAUGCCAUCGUCUCUAGUCGGCAGUAAACAUGUUGUAUGCUGGGGCUUUGAAGACAUGCUUAGUGACGCUGAGAAAUCUUUAGAUGACAAGGAUAAAGAGAUGGAGCAAGGACGUAGCAUCACUUGUGAUGGUAAAUUUCUCUAUACAACCAACUCUACUGGGAAGGGAUUGUCUAAGAUUGGAUCAGGAUUACACGGUACAUUGCGGGGUUACGUAUAUGCUCGUAACAGUGACCUAGAGACAGGCUUUGUAGCUUACGGGGAUCAGUAUCUAAUUCACAGAAAAGUAGAGUAUGAUAUAAGGCCAGCUCAAUUGUGUGAUAUCAUCGAUCCAAGCACACUGAAGGUGAAAUGUACUAUUAAUACGCCUAACGCGACGCUGAUACCAGACCACGCCAACUUUGUGACCAUUAAUCUGUGCAGUGAUGGCACUUACUACUACUGGUUGUGGCUGCCAUUACCACUUUCUGCAAACAUCGAGAAAUCUCCCAGUCAAGGCAAAUAUGUCUACUUGGAAGUAUUUAAGUUAGAGGUUGUGGAUGAUGAAGUGAAAGCUGUUGCCAUCAAAAUCAAUGUUCUAUUAGAGAGGAAAGAGGAUUCAGCUAAGAAUUUAACAGAUUCAUUACUAGCCAGAUUACGUCCAUACAGGUCAAGUACAGCUGCAGCCACUCUGGUGGCUCUAAGUGGGGGAUCACUGACAGCAACUACCACCAAGGAUGAUCCAAGUACAACUACUGUUGGGUUAACAUUGAAAGUACUUCGCAAGACCCCUAUUUAUUCAUGUGGUAAUAGUAUAGUAUUGGUGACAGCGCCACCUGGUGGUAACAGUAAUACUACUGCUAGAUCUCUAUUUGGAAGUAAUUCUGGAGUUUCAGGAAUGAGAACUUUAGGGAUCAAUCUUUCAUUUGAUGUCAGUGAUGGUCAGUUUAUCACGAAAAGUGAAUUCGCAGAUGCACCAACAUGUGCCCUAGCCAGAGGAGCAACAGUACAGGGCCUAGGUAUAUGUUAUGAUGUAUGGAAUAACCUGUUAUGGACUUGUUCUAAUGAAUGGGUUGAUCAGUGGUUCAAUCCUGGACAUCAAGCUGCACAUCAUAUAUGCCACAGGCUGGCAAUUCCACAUGUACAGACAGAGGCCCCCAAAGAUGUUUCACUUUCAGUAUGUGAUGUUAUAAACAAACUAUUACAACAUGUUGGUAGUAUGUGUUGUCAUCAGCUUAACAACGAUAUGAUGUUGACACCGUUACGUAAUAUGCUAUUCAAAAGUUACUCCAUUGAUAGUACGUACAUGAAUAGAAUUUGUGAUGUCUUAGAAAAGGCCAUACAAGAAAAUGAUGUCAGAAUUAUUCAGUGUAUGCUGAUUGUCUUGCAGGUGAUAGUAAAAUCUUACUUAUUCAAGAAUGAAAAAGAGGAGGAAAAGUUACUAGUUAAAAAAACCAGCACUGGUUUACAUGUAUUAUAUCCUACAUUAGAGGACCAGAAUGCAUUGCUACAUAAGCUGUUAACUGAAGGUGAAAGGAAUGUGGGUUUAUGUCAAGUACGAGAUCUGAUACUGAUCGAUCUGUCAGAACAACUCAAGAAUGAUGCUGAGAGAGGUGAAGUACACACAAAAUGCAGGUUGAAUGAUGAUUUGGUUUUGUACAUUCUCAAGAUUGCUGUUAGAGAAUCGUGUCUUUUAUUACGAAAAUGUCAAACUUGUGAAAAUGAAGAAAUAGAAUGCCUAGUUGCUAAUGUACCCCUUGCUUCCCCGUGUCUGCGGUACAUGAUGGCACUACAGUCUUAUCUUCUGAGGCAGGCCGUACUUUACACUAAACCAAAGGAAGUUAAAAAGCAGAGAAAGAGGGAGAAGGAGAAAGAAAAGGAAAAAGAAGUCAAGGUUGUUCCAUUGGAAACCAUCCAGUCAUCUGUUUUAUCACUUUCACUCAAGGUGUUUGCUGGAUGUGCAGAGGUGUUAGCUGUCUUACUAGAAGUCUGCAAUACUAUUCUCACUGGUGAUGUUUCACACGUGGAUGAUAGAAUGCAGAGUUUGGAGAAAGUCAUCAAAGCCACUGUGCUCGGUCAUUUAUUACCAGUACUCAUUACGUCACUGACGAAUGUUAAUUUACGAAUGUUAUCCAUGGCGGAUGCGCUCAUGCCACAACUGGUGAAGUUAGUUAUACAGACGAGUCAGGUUAGUCUUUUAGAGUUACCGGCGGCACUGUUGAUGAAAAUGCAGAGUGAAGGAAGUCAUCUUGAUGAGACUGGCAGUAACUGCACUGAAUGUGAUGUAUUUGAACUGCUGGGUGCUUUGUCUGAAGACAGUGAUUUACAUGAACAAGAGGAGACCGGAUUUUUAGCUGGAUUAAAGAUUCCUGCUCCGUGGGCAACUGGGAAAACUGUAGAAACCAUACACCCUGUACGAGAUAAUUACAAGUUCCGUGAGACUGUUCACAUACCUGGUGCAAGAUGUUUGUAUUUAAGAUUUGAUCCGAGAUGUUCUUCACAAUAUGAUUAUGAUAAGCUUGUAAUAUAUGCUGGACCUACUACUAGUUGUAGGAAAGUAGCCGAGUAUGGUGGUAACACUCAUGGAUAUGGAAGCAGAAGUGUGCUUGGGUCUGGAUGGCCUAAAGAUCUUGUUAAGGUCAGUAUUACUGCUGGGAUCAUGUAGUGUAUAAAGGUUGAAGGCAACACUGUUACCUUUGCAUUUGAGAUGAGAAGUGGGCGUGAACACAACACACCAGAUAAGGCCAUGUGGGGAUUUGGAUGCACUGUCAGAGCACAAGAAUCAGCCGAGGAGUCGUCAAGUGGACUUCCAUUUCUAGCUGACGUAGCAUUGGGAUUGUCUGUAUUGGGAUGCACUAUGUUACAUUUACUAUAUCAAGGCCCAGAAAAGUCCCAGGAUGAAGAAGUUUGUCAACAUCUAUUCAAAUCAAAGUUACUCCAACGUUGUGUCUGGCGACCUGAAUCAGGCAAAUUUCCUAGUAAAUCAGUUGCCAUGCCAAUCAGUGAAAGCGAAGAGUUGAACCUUAGUGUGACGCCAGCAGCCAUUCCCCGCAUAAAAUUACCUUCGGAUGUCAUGAGACAACUGAGAGAGAUAUCUGGUAGAUAUGCUCCACCUUUCAGGCCUAGCUUCAAGGAAGCAUUGAAACCAGAAGACGUAGAGGAAGCCAUUGUGUCUGCCGUUAUUAAACAUCUAGGUUUACACGACUGUCUACAGUAUUUGGGAAGUGAUCAGAUCCCUGCUGAACAAAUAGAGAACUAUACCCUUCUACUUAAUGUGGUUUCUGAAGUCUACAGAAGAUUUGAUGCAGUCUUGAGACAAUUACAGUCGUUAGCAGAGCUGGAGCAGAAAUGGCAGACUGAAGUGGAUGAUUUAAGACAAGGCAGUCUACCAUUAGGAAUUGCAUUCUUUGCUGAUUAUCAUUUACAAGAGUCAAAGAGCAGAGAGUUGGCUUUCCUUUGUUAUCUUAAAGAUGUAGAACUGGAUCCAAUCAAUCUUGAAGAAGCCGUUAACAGUCUCAGGGAGAAGCUUGAAGCUGAGGCAAAUAGGAAGGAAGAGAAAGACAAAGUGGAGACACUGCCCAAGACAAGGUCAUUGGUGAUGGGAAUAUUUGAGAGAGCUGAGUUAUUAUUACAUGUUAAUAUUAAUAGCGACACUAUGGGUGGCAUGGCAAGAAGUGCUUCCCAGAAUCAAGACAUACCCCAUGUCUCUUCUGAAACAAUGGUCUCAGUACAUGAUGGUCAAACACCUUUGUAUAGAAGUUUAUCAGCCCCAUCUGAAUUAGAGAUUGACUCUGAAACUUGGCAAGCUAUCACUGAUGCUCCUACAGUCAGAAGACCUCUCAGGUGGCGAGGACAUCGUAGAGGACCAGUAACACUACUACAGGAACUUAUAUCUGAUGAAAUUAACAGGGAUAAAGAUAAACCACUUCAUUCACAAGUUUUAGAUCAGCUUUUUGCAUUCAUUGGAAGUAAUCCUGAGAAAAGUGUCUCUUGUAAAAGUUUUGUAUCAUCUGCUGGUAUUCGGUGGCGGCGUGGUAAUGAUAGGAAACAAGCUUUGAUUCACAUGAGAGAGUUACUGACUGCAGCGUCUAGGGUUGGUGGAGGUACUCACUUAGUGGCUGCAGUUACAUCUGUACUACAGAGUGGACCUAGGAUUGAGGAGUUGACAUGUGGUGGCAUGGCUGACCAUGUACGGGAAGCCUUUGCUGAGACUAUGACAUCAGUUGUACAGAUAGCAGCCCGCUAUCCCAUUGCAUGCUGUAACAGUAUUGGGUUACUGUGUAUCAUUCCAUAUACAAGGACUGAGGAGCAGUGUCUGGUAAGAAGUGGUUUGGUGCAGUUAUUGGAUAAACUCUGUAGUUUAGGCAGUGACAGGGGUGAUGGUAAUGCAGAUAUGCAAUCAACAAGACAAAGAGUAUCAGCAUUAGCCUGGGCAGGAUUCCAGGUUCUUGCUAAUAGGUGUGUGUCAUGGGAGACAGAGGAAGGAGCUCAAGACAUACUGCAGCAUGCUGGGUUAGCAAGACAGGUGUCUGCAUUAUUAACCAAUCACUUAGCCAGGGCAACUGAAUGUAAUGGUAAUGAAGCUGCUGGUAGUGAAGCCUUGCAAGAAGUUCUCAGCUUACUCAAUAACUUGUCAAGAAGUCGUAUGGGAAAAGCCAUUUUAAGCCAACCAGCCUGUGUUUCUAAACUACUCUCCUUGUUAUUGGACCAAAGACCAUCACCAAAAUUAGUACUCAUCAUACUACAGUUGUGUCGUGUGGCCUUGCCUCUUAUGACUGCUGAAGACUGUGAGAGUGUUACACUACCCUCAUGGGGCCAGGAAGUAUCUAUGCUUGCAGGUGAAGAUGAGAUGCUGUCCGAUCCACCAGCUAAGAUUUGCAGUUUGUUACUUGCUAAGCUUGGAGACUAUGUUGUUCCAGGUGGCCAGACAACAGCAACUCCUACUACUGAAUUUCCUGAAUCUACCAGCAAACCAAGCCAGACACUGCCCUCUACAGUUGAAAGGGAGAGAGGUGAGGAGUGCGAGGUGCAGGAUGGCAGAAUAUCGGUGUUCAUUCAUAAACGAGAAGAUCAGUCGUCACACGAAGUGAUACAGCCACUACUCAGUUCUGAUGGCAGGCCAUUCAGACUAGGCAGUGGUGCUAAUAUGGAGAAAGUGGUACGAAUGGACAGAGAAAUGACUAAGCACAACAGAGCCGAGGUGAUCACAGAUGAUGCUGUGACGUCAUUUAGGAGAGCCGCUAAGUGGGCUCAGAGUGGUUUGGUGGUGAGUACAGGACCUCCAAUAGAAACCAGUACACAAGAUAACGGUGGUAGAGAUAAAAAGAAAAUAACCAGUGAAGCUGUGUGUCGAGAGAAAAAUGCAGAACUGGCAAGGACUGACCCAGUGAGACCAUUUAUAAGUGGUCAUGUAGCUAAUAGUAUGGCAUCUGAGGUCAUAGGAUUGUUACAUGGAUUGUUGAUGGCACCGGAAACUAGCACAGCACAAAUAUGGGCAUCUGCUAUGGAACGUGUACUGUCUCAUGCUUUGACUUGUGUAUCGCAGUUGACGAGUACCUUGGUGAACUGUGGUGACCUUUUGACCUCAUGCACCCAUGGCGAUAUAAUUGAUAGUUUAACAUCAGUAUGUCGUCAAGCGGUCGCUGCACUGUGUGCCCUGGGUGGCUUCCGAGAGAGCAUCAAAGUAGGAUCCAAAGUUGAUGUUAUUGGUGAAGGUGUGACACCAAGAUCUGGACAGGUAAUCAGUGUAUCUGAACAGCAGGGUAUGACGACUGUAAAGUUUGAUGAAUGUCCCAAUGAUACAACCCCUAAAGCCAGUGAUACGCUGGAGGUACCGGUGACAAGACUGAGGCCCCCUAAGAGUGAGCCGUUGCCGUUGGAAAGAUUGUCUAUGACUGAAAAGGUUGCCAUUGCAUUGCAUUCCCUACUUCUGCCAACCAAUGAUAGUGGACUGUCGCCGCUUCAGACGAAUUUACCAGCCACUGGGGAUGGAUCGUCAGCUGCCAUGGCAACCUGUAGGAUAUUAGCUGAAAUACGAACAAGGGCAUGUAUGGUGCUAUCUGCUCAUAUGAAGGAAACAACGUUUGCUGCUGAGUUCAUCAGACAGAGCACCAGACCUAUGGAAGUACUAAAAGCAUUAGCACAGCAAUGCAGCUCUGGUGAGAGAUUGCCUGUUAUGGAAUGUGAAUGUGAAAGACUUAGAAUGCUGUACAGAGAUUGUGCAAGACCACCACCCCCACCAAGUAAGACAGCCGGCAGAAAUAACCGUGAAAUCACGUGGGAUCCAUCACGUACGUUUCCACCAGUACGAGCAUGUUUAUUUUCACAUGCUUUGUCUGGUAUGACAUUCCUUGGAGAUCCCAGUGCUGGUAGUGGUUUACCCAGAGGUACUAUGGCCUAUGCUACACAGUCAAUUCCCUCACAGGCACCAUCGUUUUAUUGGGAAUUGGAAAUAUGCUCUUAUGGUGAAUCAGGAGAUGAGUCUGGACCAAUCAUGUCGUUUGGAUUUGCUCCUGCCGCUGAUAGAAAAGAUGGUGCAUGGACGAAUCCUAUCGGCACUGUAUUAUUUCAUAACAAUGGUCGUGCGGUUCAUUACAAUGGCUCAAGUCUACUACAGUGGAAGAGCGUUCGUUUAGAUAUUACGUUAAAUUCCAGUGAUAUUGCGGGAUGUGGAUGGGAACGAGAUGGUGACGUGCCACCAUUACCAGGUCAACAGGUCAAGGGUCAUGUAUAUUUCACUUAUAAUGGUAAAAGACUACCUCCGACAUUGGAUGAUGUGUCUGGUGGUCUCUGGCCUAUUGUACAUAUGCAGAAAAAGAACACUCGCAUCCGAGCUAAUUUCGGUUCUCGGCCGUUUGCAUAUGCAGAAGGUCGACAGCAUCGUAACGCUGCAGAUGAGUGUUCAGAUCUGACAGAAGAAAUCAGCGCAAACUUUGGGGCCCUGCCGUUCCACUUAGGGGAGGACAGCGAUAAUGAAGGCAUCUCGAUGGAAGCUACAUCCGAAAUGAUAUCUAAUGCAAAAGACUUAUCACCUGGAAUGCCAUGUAAAGUGAUAGAAACAUCCAAAGAACUGAAAGAGUACGACACAGACACAUCUCUCUACUACAAGCUACAUCAGAGUUAUGACAAUUUCACCAGCACAGGACCCAACAUUCAGUCCAUCAGUUCUACAGCCACCCAAGAUGAUGACAGUGAUGACGAAGACGUGGAAGACGAACCUCAUGAGGAUCACCAUGCCUUGCUUGUCAAAGCAUGGGAGAGUAAAGUGUUUCCUGUUAUUAGAAGAAGAUUUCGCAAUGAAGCUGAGCGAAGAUCAGGAUUGGAACAAAUCAAAGGAGCUCUUCAGCUUGGAAUGACGGAUAUUGCAAGACAGACUGUCGAGUUCCUGUAUGAGGAGAAUGGUGGUAUGCCCAGAGAUCUCCAUCUGCCAACCAUUGAAGACAUCAAAACUGAAGCUGCAAAGUUUACCAUUGAGCGAGUCAGGAAAGGAACUUCGGUUGUGAUUCGGCAACAUACAACUGAGUCAGUAUCUGCCGGCACUGUGGUGCCUAAGUUUGCUGUGAGAGGCAUGCUGAAGACAUUUGGUCUGACUGGAGUGGUACUGGAUGUUGACUCACACAGUGAGUUGGUUCAGGUGGAGACUUACCUACGCAGUGAAGGGGUCUUAGUAAGAUACUGGUAUCCUAUAGAUAUGCUAGAAAGACCACCACCUGGCUAUAGAAAGAAUUCAACAACAGGACUCUCAAAUAUAGAUACCUCCAAUUUACACAUUCACAGGGAGUUACUACGAUGUGAAGCCUCUGUCACCAGAAUGCAUUGUAGAGGUGCUUUACUAGAACUCAUAAAUCAGUGCCAACCUGCAUUAUUUGCAGCAGCGGCAACCGCUGUACCAGAGUUAGAUCUGACUCAUCUACUACUGUUGUCUAAUGACUUAUUGGCUCCUCCUCAGCCAGAUGGUGGUAUAUUGGCUUCAUCUUUAACAUCUACAUCAUCACCAUGGCAAUGCCUUGCAGCCAACACAGGCUCUAUCAUCGAUGUUUUGUAUCAGGACACUCAAAAGCUAAGAGAAGAGUUAUCAAUUGCCAUAGCGACUGCUGCAACACAUGGUGAAGAUCACCUGAUGGAAUUAACUAAUCAGUUGUGUGCCUGUCUUCAGAAUGCUCCAAGUAAUUUCCUGUAUGAAGCAUUCCCUGUCACUGAAACUAAAGUCAAUUCAGAUAUUCACUUUCCUGGUUCUACAUUACUGGUUGUUAGCUGUAGAAGAGAUCCCAAGUCUAUCAAAAAAGACUCUUCAUUGUACAAAUCUCCCUGGGCCAGAAUAUACUGUUAUGGUAUUGGACACCGUGUGAAAAAGACAGGACAGUCAUCCAGACAGGAAGUUAUCAGUUAUCCAAUAGAAGCAUCACUUAGCAGCACAGGUGGUCUUACAGCCCCUCCCAACAUCCAGAUAGAUCAGUAUCCUACGGUGCUACUACCAUUUGACAGGAUCCAUCUACAUAUGGGAAUAUCUCCACCACCAGGUGUUACCAUCACAAUCCAUGGUCUGCCACCCGAGUUUCCACUCGCCUUGGCUUACAUUGAGACAUUAGCCAGCGAGAAGACAUUCAAAGAACGGGCCACAUUGUCAGGUGCACAUAGUGAUAAGCCUGUUGUCAUAGCGACAAGUGUAUUGCUGCAUGCAACUGAAUUAGUUACCUAUUACCUUUGGCAUACUGACGUGCCAGCCUUGAUUAAGGAGUAUAUUUUCUUACUGUUGGCACAGUUACUACGGAAACUGCACAAUACGCAGAAAACUGAAUCCUUGUUGCCACAUCCUAGCCCGUCUUUGUCACUACUGAUGCAGUUACAACAGUUACAGACUGAACUACGCAAAUUGUAUGAUAGUGAGACCCCCAGUGGAGGAGUAACCACCAUAGCUAGACACAGCACUUAUUUCCAUUCCUUGAUGGAGAUGUGUCUGGCUUUGUCCGAGAUUAGCAUGCCACUCAGUUCUCCUUCACUAACCACUACCGCCUCUGCUUCCAGCUCUGCACCAAGCAUGACGUCACUACCAGCAACUCCCACAAGUCCCGUUACUGCAGCAAAGCGUAAAAAAUUAAAAUCAAAGCGUGUCAGUGGACCGAAACGCUGCCCUAAACCCAUCUAUACUGAAUCCGUCGGUGAUGUAAGUCUGAACGGAUCCAAACCAGAAGAUAUGCUUUGGUUUCAUAGAGCUUUGACAAUGUCGCUGAUUCUACGCCAUCUGGUUUAUCGUGAAACGCAGGGACAAGCUGUGACUAAUGAUGCUGUGAGCGAUGCCUGUCAGUCUCUGAACACGCCCACUGCCCAUUGCCGACUUCUAGUCAUAUCAGGCAUCCCAACUCACCUGGAAGAGGAAACUGUGCGCAAGGUCAUCCUGCGGGCUUCUAAUGGUCAAGGGGGGUUGUUCAAGGAAGAAGUAUUCAUCCCUACUCAAAAAAUUCAAAUGGAAAUUAGCGACAGAGCAGAAGCACAGAGCAAAGAAUCUGAAACAAAAGAAGUAGCAGAUACCAAAGAUGCAGAAGGUGUUGAGGAAGCUGCUGAUGUAGCUGAACCGGAUUCCACUGCUGGGGUUGCUGAACCAUCUGCUGGGCUUGACGUGGAGGAGAUUGAGGUUGUUCAUACAGAAGCCGAAGCUGAAGCUGGAAUUGAAACUGUAGUUUCUGUUCCAGGAGAAGAUGAAAAAACUGUUCCAGAGGAGACUCUUCAAUCUGAAUCUGAGACCAGACAAGAACCUGAGUUCAGAACUAUUCACUGUGUUAAAGGAGUGGCUGUUAUUGAAGUCAGGUCUAAAACAAAACUUGAUGCAGUUAAGACUGCAUUAUUGAGUAAGUCGCCGAUUGGUCUGUACUGGUCAUACGGAGAUGAAGACAUGGUUGAUAUACCAUCAGAGUCGGUUCUGUCUUUAUCUACCGUGAAUCAGAGUCUUUUAUCAGAACCACACGGAGAGGACGCCCUUGAAGCAUAUCUUGAACAGAAACUUGUCACCAAGAAUCUUGGUGCUGGAUUAAAAACUGAAACUACAGAUGUGCUUACUGAAAUAUUUACCAGUUGUACUGUAGCAGAACAAAGACUCCGUCUUGAUACUGCAAGUAAAGAGGUAUUGGGUACUGAUGUCAGUCUCACCAAAGAUCAGGUUUUGUCUCAGACACCAGGAAAUCUUUUGUAUCAUUUCUUCUCUAAUGUGCGGCCACCAAAGAAGUCUGUGAGUGAGCAUAUCAACCAUGUCCUCAGACAGUAUGGUAUACCGAAACCAAGCAAAGGGAAACCACAGACCAAAGAAGGUAAGAAUGGUAAAGAUGGUGAGAAAGCUGCCAAAGCAAUUAAGAAAGGCGGCAAAGGAAGUAAAGAGAGACUGGCAUUGGGUGAAGUCACCCUCAAAGUCAAGACACCAGGACUUGAGAAAAAAUACAAGAAGGUUGAGAAGUCAACUAGGGAGACCAGUGAGAAGCUGAAGACUGAUGAUGUUAAAGUUAAGGAGUCCAGCGAAGAUAAAGUCUUGAAUCUUGAAGGUUUUCUGCAGUUUGUGGGAGAUAAAGUCAAGCAAGAUGUGAGAGCCGUCUGGAGAGCUGUAUUUUCCUGUGGUUAUGACUUGCACCUUGAUAGGUGUGCAUGUACUGAUGUGAGUGAAGCUUUACAACUCUGUAAGAAAUGGACAUUGGAAAUGGACUGUGCUAUAGUUUCGUUUGUUGAUUCACUAUGUAGAAAACUGGCAAUAACACCAUCGAGACUCCAUGCUCACGAGGUUUACCUAACUGAUGCAUACUUGGCAAACCCUGUGUACAACUGCCUUCGUGAUGUUCCACUGGAAAGUCUUCGUCUAAGAUUUGCACUCCUGCAGUCACUUAACAAGACCCUGGAAUGCUUCUUUCUGCCACUGGUAGAUCUGAGACCAUUCAAGACGUUCAGUGAGAGUACAGCUGCAUUGCUGGCCAGUGCUAGAGGACUGAUAUUUCAUGAUACAAAAAACAUUUUAUUAAAUCAUAUUCUGAACUUAACAGCACAGAGGAAUUUUGAUCAAGUUGCUCCAGAGAUUGUAUUGGAUCCAUUGGAGACAGUUGGAGGUGAUGCAAAAGACUCAGUAUCAACUCAGUUCUGUCAAGCCGUGAGACAGUUAGCAAGCACACCCUCCAAUCAGUUCUGUGUAAGAAUAGCCAGUGGAGGAGAUCCCACUUUUUCUUUUAAUGUUAGACUUGCUGGUGAAGAAGUCCAUGGCACAAGUGGUUCUUUUAGACAGUUUUUGUGGCAAGUGAUCAAGGAAUUGCAGAGUACAAGUCUCAACUUAUUGCUACCAUGCCCUAGUUCAGCUAGCGGUAAGAAUAAAGGCAAAUAUAUUCUUAAACCUGGUGCUAUGACGUAUGCUGAAGAGAAACUUUUACAGUUUUUCGGACAAUUGCUGGGUAUUUCCAUACGUGCCAAUAUACCCAUAGGUCUGGAUCUUCUGUCUACAUUCUGGAAAUGUCUGGUUGACUAUCCACUGGAUCUGGAGACUGACCUCCAGGAAGCUGAUAUAUUGACGUAUAGCUUUAUUAAAAAACUGGAGCAGGCUGUCAAUGAGAAUGAUCUCUCUGCAUUGUGUUCAGACGGUUGUUUAUAUCAAUUUACUUACAAUACUGUUACUGGUGAAGAGGUAGAAUUGAGGCCAGGAGGUAGAAAUAUCAAUGUCUGUCUGAACAACAGACAAGAGUACAUAGAUGCCAUAUGUAAACUAAGAAUGGAUGAACUAAAGUGUUGUAAUAGAAUGUUGGCUGUUAGAUGUGGCUUAGCGUCUCUCAUGCCAGUACAGUUAUUGACACUUAUGACACCGUAUGAUAUGCAACUCACAACUUGUGGCCUGCCUACAGUUGACUUGGACUUUCUCAAGAGCCAUACUAUGUACCAGGUUGGGUUGAUGGAAACUGAUCCUCAUAUUGAAUACUUCUGGAAUGCCUUAGAGAGUUUUUCUCAAGAGGAGUUGUCAAAGUUUGUGAAAUUUGCCUGUAAUCAGGAACGCAUACCAAGCACAUGUCCGUGUAAAGAUGGAAACAAAGAUACUAGUCACACCCCGCCCUAUCCAAUGAAGAUAGCUCCACCAGAUAGUCAUACCACUCAGCCCGAUGCUAGAUUUAUUCGAGUGGAGACUUGCAUGUUUAUGAUCAAGUUACCGCAGUAUUCUACACAACAGAUUAUGACAGAGAGACUAUUGUAUGCAAUAAACUGCAGAGAAGAUCCACUUAGUGGUUGAAAGAAAGAUUACUUCUUGAAAAAAUCUGCUUAAGGUUAUUAUACAUGUAUGCUGCUCAUCUAGGUGCAAUCUGUUGAACUGACUUUAAAUGUCAGCCUUUGAUAAUCAACAUGUAAAGUCUUGAAUACAUCAUCAGAAUAUAUUCAGCUAUUUGUGUUACAAUUUUGAUUUGAAACUGGUAACUAUAUGGUCC